CCAAUCUGCAGGUAUCUGCGAAAAUGAAGAAGCUGUCGCUGAAUUUCACCCUCUUCCUGCUGCUGAUUGGUCCCGUGUCCUCUGCGCCCCUCAACCAGGCUGAUGUCGUCAGCUGCAUAGAUACCUGUCACCCCCAUGACUGCUCGGAUAUGGCUGCCCAGAGUCUGACCUCGGACGGUGUGUACCUGAUAUAUCCUGGUGGUGCGAACGCUCCUCCGGUACCUGUGUACUGUGACAUGAGCAGCGCUGGAGGACCCUGGACGGUCUUUCAGAAGAGGUUUGAUGGUGGCGUGGACUUCUAUCGGGUUUGGGAAGACUAUAAGUCUGGCUUUGGACUAGCAUCUGGAGAAUACUGGCUGGGUUUGCAGAACAUUUUCCUCCUGACCCAGAAGAAGUUGUAUCGUCUGCGCAUCGACCUGGAGGACUUUGAGAACGACACUCGCCACGUGACUUAUGACUCCUUCUCCCUCUCACCUCUAGCAGUCAACCCUGAUGUGGACGGGGACAAACUGCAUAUCGAUGGAUUUAAGGAAGGAGAUCCAACAAGACGGGCUGGAAAUUCUAUACAAGGCCAUAACCAGUUCAAAUUUUCAAACCAUGACCACGAUAGAGACACGUAUGUCGGUAACUGUGCAGUGAUGUAUCAUGGAGCCUUCUGGUACAACAAAUGUCAUGGGGCCAAUAUUAAUGGGAAAUAUCAAAAUGGUGUCACCACGGAGUAUGCCACCGGUGUUGUAUGGGCCACAUGGAAAGGGGCUUACUAUUCCCUGAAGAGGACUGAGAUGAAGAUUUCCCCAACAUCUAGAGAAAGCAGCAAACAGCAACUGUGACGACAAUCCCCCCGCAUAACAUAUGAGCGGACCAGAUUACUGUGUUAUUAGUCCUGAUGGUAUUAGGUUUGUAACAAUGUAGCAUCAUGAGGGAGCUGUGAUUACUUAAUACAGCAUUAUUAGACCCUGUCUCAUGUAAUCCCUCCAUUCUAGAUGGUGAUUUACCGUCCCAGGUUCUCAGAUCUGACCAAACAAAUAUAGAGAACAAAACACAGAUCUGUAGAGUUUGGACAAUGUAAGACACUGCGAGACCAGAUGAACACCUAUGGACGCCUCCACUAUAGUCGUGUGUCUCUGGUCUAUGUCAUGGGCAUGCUUGUGCAUCUUGGCUCAUGUUCACAAUGAGAUAUACACUGAUGAUUAAUCAAUUAUCUCCAAGUAAUUAAUACACAAACACAAGACCUUUUACCCAAUACUCGUCCACUUAUAACAUCUCACAUCUGUCUACAAUAGAUCCUUUAUGAUAUGGCAAAUGGUGAAGGUCCUCGUCUUCAGGAGACCACAUCGAUGGUGGUACAUUAGCAGUCGAUAUGUCCUGUUAGGGUAUAUGGGUGUCAUAGACAGGAAUCCCCGAUCAUAAGCCCCUCUAUGAGCCAAAAUGAAGCCACUGCAUAGAUGCACAGAGCAGUUCCCCCACUAGUGGUCUUGAUACGACCAGAUAUUGUAUUAUUUCUCAAUCAUUUCAAUGGGCACGGGGAAAUGGAAUAUGAACGACCAGAAAAAGCUUCUCCAACUUUAGCAGCUGAGUCCAGGGAUUAGAGGAGCCAGACCUGCAUCCUUCUGCUGAUCUUGAGACAGCUUCAUUCUAAUGGCGGCCAUAUUAUUAUGAGGGAAAUCAUUUCU